AUGGACUUUACAUUCACAGUACCCUCGGGCAUCCCACCCAUUACCUUCGGAUCCACUACCUCCACAACCACAACCACAUCAGACACGACAUCUCCCAAGCAACACACCUCCUCCACAACAACCGCAAUAGACUCCCUUGACGAACACAUCUCUCUGAAACGGAUACACGGUGUUGGGGACACGAAGCAAUGGCGUCGAAGGCUGAUUCAUCAGAUCGAGGACCGGAUCAAGGACCGGAGGGAGGCGAUUCAUAGUGCUCAGCGGAGGGGGUUUGUUGGUGCUGCUGGGUCGUCGGGUAGUAGGAGUGGGAGUGGGGUGAGUAGCAGGACCGCAGGUGGAGGCGAUGGAGGCGAGUUUUUGGGAGUGGCGGUGCUAGGAAGUCAAGGAAGAGAGGCUGCGGGAUUGUUUGGACAGGGACUGCCCGCUGCAGUUGGUUCUGGUGGGGCAGUGGUACCAGAAAGCGACACCUACAUCAGCGAGGAGGAAGAACGAAGGAUAGUUGCAGAAGUAUGGGAGGCGUUCAAAAAUGAGAACUAUGAGGCUCUAGCGCAGGCCUUCCAAGGCAUGACCGACAAGGAACUUGAGGACAUUGAACAGGACAUUCUUCAACACAACUACGCGACGGAGAGCGACCCAAUGUACGAAGCAGUCAUGGACAUGGAAGAAACCAACAUGGAGGAAUACGUCCAGCAAUACAUGAACCAACCAACCGAACAAGAAGCGGCCGCCAACGAAGAGAUGACGAAAGCGUUGUCAGUUGCGUGGACUUUGCUCUCCAGCACAGCCUGUAUUCGUUGUCAUCAAGGAGUUAUCAUCUUUGACCCUGUCCUGCCUGGGUCUCUUGCUGAGGGUGCGCGUGCUUUGUGUAACGGAGCACCAGGAAAUGGAACUGGAGAAAGAAGGGAAGGGUGUGGAUUUCGACUAGAGAGAGACGCUCUUCUCUACCUCGCCAAUGCCGCCAACACUCACAGCAAAACAUGCAAUGGACAACUUCAAGUCGGUUAUGACGAGGACAUGGGACUCUUGUUAGCAUGCCCGCACUGCGAUUUCCUCGCUUAG